AUGCCAGCCUCCAAGAAGCGCAUUCAGAACCGCGGCACGCUGAACGUGGGCACGCAACAGGUUCCCGCUGCACUGAAGGACUGGGUGCACAUUUGGCACGGCGUCAAGGUGAACAACGGCUCCGAGGACACGUCCAUCUUUCAUGCUGGCUCGCGUGUCGAGGAAAUGCCGUUCUGGAAGCAAUUCAUCCGACUGCCCGCCAAUUCGCUAUUUCCCAGAGUGUUUACCAGCUCCAAUCCGAGAAAACCAUACAAAGAUUUCCUCUACGUGCUGCUGAAUAUGCGGUGGCCCAUGUUACUCACCGUAUUGCUUGGCGUUUUCAUGGCUAAUAUUUUCUUCUUCGCUGCAAUAACGUGUUUUGUAUGUGGAGAGCCAACCAAUUUCUUCGAGGCCUUUGACUUGAGUUAUCAAACAUUUACAACGAUUGGCUUCGGAAUUGUGUACCCGACACGCACGUGUGGAAACGUGAGCAUGUCGGUGGAGUCAUUUGCAUCCAUGAUGGUUGUGUCAGCAGUCACUGGUCUGGUAUUUGCCAAAUUUGCCAAACCACAAGCCAAAGUGGCAUUCAGCAAAGUUUGCGUUGUGCAACCAUAUGGUAAAAAAUAUUUGGCACUUGUAGUGCGAGUUGCCAAUGCAACACAGUCCCGAGAUGUAACUCACGACGUCAUCAUGGAAGCUGUUUUCAAAGUAAAUUUACUGCGUGUGGGGCACAAGACCAAGCACAUCCGCGCACAUGAUGACGAGGUCUCGGAAAAGCGUCGGCGCUCUCGUGUAGCAGCGAAUUUCAUGGUUCCAGAGGUUGAAGAUGCUGUAAACGACCCGGCCUGCUCGACUUCAAAGGUGCUGACGUCGUAUAACCUCAAAUUGCUGCAGAAUAACUUCAUCACGUUCCGUAUGGGGGUGGCUGUAGUGCAUGUGAUCGACGAGAACAGUCCGCUCUAUGGUAUGUCCAAGAACGACAUUGCUCAGUCCGAUAUGCUCGUGGAAGUGGCCAUGUCGGGUGUGGAUUCGACCCUCCAAGAUACCGUCUCCGAGCGGUAUAUCUACACUGCCGCAAAUCUCAAGUGGGGAUUUCGUUUCGCAGAAUUAUUGGACUUCAACGAGAAGAACGCAGAAGUUAUCAUGAAUUUCGCAAAGCUGAGCACUGUGGAAGCUGCCCCCAUUGACGAUACUCGCUAUCUCAAGCGAAUUCUUUCGGAUAACAAUAACUAUGAUAAUGGAGAUAACGGAUACACACGCAAUGUGGGUCGCCGACGUUCUUAUCGGACGUCCAGAGUUUCUCGCCAUCAAGAAGACAAUCAUGAUGAAGCGAUCCACGAAGUCCCAGCUGAGUAUACCGAGCCGAUUAUGGAGAGCUCGAGGUCCAAUUCAGAUGCACAGUCAGCAACAACAGAUAAUAGUCCACCAGCUCAUCCGCAUCCUCCGGUUUUGUUUCCGAAGAAAAAUGGUCCAAAGAAGUUUGCAAUGGGGUUAGAGCCGCUGUUCGAGCCACUACUUCAGCAGCCAUUUGGUACACAGCGGAUAUCAAAGGCACCGUCGGCUGAAACCCGAGCUGCUCAAAGAGGAGGAUUGCGAGUAUGGAGGGAAAAUGAACAGCCAGAUACGGAGGAAGCGCGACGAAGACAUACUGUACUGCAAUUGCCACGAAUCGGCAGUGCAACUGACUUUGAAAGUCCUAGCGGUCUUCGAGCGAGGGAUCUUCUUCAGCGAGAAAUGGCUGGAUCUGCAUUGAUGGAGGAUGAUACCAGUACGAUUUCACAAGAAGAAGACAAAAACUUGGAUGCCGUAGAUAAUGUGGACUCGGAUAGCGAAGACGAGGCAGAAAAUGACAAAGAUGAUACCAGACCACGUCUGCGAGCUCAAUCUUCCGGGUCUGCUGUCUCGAUCGAGGUGGAGGAUACUCCUCGAUUCUUACGUAUCCUGCCAGUUCACAUCCCGAAAUCCUUCAGCUUUAUGCGGUUUUAUCAGAGCGCUCUUCACGUGGGCUGGCCCAAGAUCAUCUUCGUGUUCGUGGUGUCGUUCCUAGCUCUCAAUUUUGGCUUCGGGUUUCUGUAUUGGCUCGAUAUGAGCCGCAUCUCUGUAUACGAGGACAUCGUAGUGUCUGACUACGAGCUGGCGUUCUACAUGAGUGUCCACACACUUGCCACCAUUGGCUAUGGCUCGAUUGCACCGAAAGCCGACGCUGGGUACAUGAACGUCAUCGUGUUCAUCGAGUCGAUGGUGGGAAUUAUCACCGUCACGAUCAUCACAGGCAUCGCGUGGUCCAAAUUCGCACGACCUCGAGCUCAUAUCCAUUUCUCGUCUCAGAUGACUAUUUCCACCAUCUACGGUCACCGUUGCCUCGUGUUCCGAGCUGCUAAUACCCGACACUCGGGCGAGGUGCACGAGAAUUUCUUCCGGAUUGGUGUGAUUCUCACAAAUCGACGCACAGGCCUUCGACAAAUGUACGACGUGCCUCUUGUGACUGCCGAGUGGCCUUCGAUCAAGUUACCGGCGACUCUUAUCCAUGUUAUCAACGAGAACUCGCCGUUCUUCAAAUUCCACUCGAUGGAGGAUCUCUCGCAGUCUCGCGUGGCUGUUAUCGCGUUGCUUACGGGUCUGGACACGACCUUCUCGGAAAAUGUGUACGCGCGCAAAAUGUACUUCUGGGACGACUUUGCCUACGACAUGCGCUUUGCCGACUUCGCUGUCAUCGAACGUGACCGCGUGCUGGUGGACUACACACGCUUCGAUCAACUCAUUCCAGAAGACCGAGACGAACAGGUUAGCACUACACCUGUGCUCUCCGUAAGGUCUUCUAUCGCCGAUUUGGUUUAA